GCUGUCCAACGUAGCUCACCUCUUUCUAAACGGUUCACGUGUUCAGACCGAUUCUAGUGGACUUCUACGCAAUGUCCCUACAAAUCAGUUGCACUUUUCGUCACAUAUUGCAGGCCUCAGGAAUCCGUUUAGCAAAAAUAGGUAAUUAAGCGGGAGUGACUCGAUCAGUGCCCUGUGGUGGUUACCGGAUCUUAUUGAAGCUGGCCACACUCAACGAAGCCAGGACGUGCUUAAAGGUUAUACUAUCUACGGCGCUGGCAUCAUUAUCGAAGAUACAUACAACCCUUCAAUCAACCACCCAUAGAAAACAAACUGACACAGGAGUAAGAAGGAAGCGGUGAGAAAGGACAACCAUCAUUGAGCGGUAGCAGCGCCACCACUAGCAUCACCAGUAACCAUCGUUCCAACUAGCUACACGUUACGCAGCGACCGCAGCAACUGCAGCCGAUAUUUGGAGUAGAAAUUAUUUGCAUCUCGCACAACAGUAGUAAUAUUGAAAUUAUCGUAGUGGCAAUACCAUGGAUAAUUUCCGCAGAAAGCCUUCAAUUGUAGAUGAGAUUAAGAAGCAGCGCAUUCUACAUGUAAAUGACAGAAAAACUUUGGACCAUGCAGUUAAGAUUCUUAACAGAUACUUUGUUGUGGGACUGGACGCAAAAGUGCAACGCGGCCCUUCACGGAAGUAUGUGACGUAUAUCGUUUUGGCAACUUCGAACGAGCUCAUUUUGGUCGACGUGCAUUCGUUACAAAGAAUGCCCACUUCCAAAAUGUUUGAUCUAUUAGCCCUUGCAAAGCUUCUCAGCGACCCCAAUAUCACUAAGGUGGGAUUCGGAAUGUCAGCAAAGCAACAAUUGAUUAAAGUCGCCCUUGGUGGUUAUUUCUUACAAGGCGUCGUUGAUAUGCAAGAAGCUUUCCGGGCGAUUGAAAUAACGAAUUCUCAUCUGACGGCUCCCUCGGGCGCCGCUUGUGAGGGCCUACGAACACUCGAAAAGAUUUGUUAUAAUCUUCUUGAUAAACAGAUUCCAGCAGAGCUAUGUGACAAUCCGGAAGGCGCGUAUUUAUCGGAAAUGGGUCGCAUUGGCGUGGUCACUGAGGCUUUUAUCGUAUUUCACGCCUAUGUCGAAUUGGAACGGAGAGUGCGGCCAAGUCAUUUGCAAUCACUGAUAGCCGAGUUGCUCACGGAGCCGGCAUAUGAUGACUACCUCAAACUCUGCAUUCCUUGGAACUCGGUAUAUUUGGUGGAGACUGUCGACGGCUACUUAGAUGCUGUGGAGUACCUCAAGACAUGCUCUGUGAUUGGUUUUGAUUCAGAGUGGAAACCGACACGAUGUCCUGGUGCCCCGGGGCGCAUGGCACUUUUGCAAGUGGCAUCUGAUGAUAAGGUAUUCCUGUUCGAUGUGCUGGAGUUACAUCGCGUUCUUACGUAUGGCGACUGGGCGUUACUUAAAUCCAUCUUUACAGACAGCGAUAUUGUCAAGCUCGGUUUCGACACUCGGGACGAUGCCAAGUUACUCAAAGAUUUUAUGGGUCCGGUCGAGAUGGAAUCCGUUAAGGACAUGGCAUUAAUAAUGCGCGCUCUUGAAAAGCUUCGUCCCGAGCAUAUGACACCAAAAGGACGUGUGUUUCCCGUUGUUCGUGGUUUAUCCCGCCUCUGCAACGUUCUUCUGGGGCGACCUCUUAACAAAUCAAAAAAGCUCUCAAUGACUAAUUGGGAGAAGCGGCCUUUGGCGAAGGUAUUUCUUGAGUAUGCUGCGCUGGAUGCUCAUUGUCUUGUUCUCUGUUGGCGCGAAUUGCUCCGACGUUUGGGGAAAAAAGCCGUCGAACUAAUUGAUAUUUCGGUUAUUGCCUAUAGUGUUGAAACCGAAGCACUGCGUCAAGCCAUGUGAGAGGAAUGUUAGUAGCUUACAAUGUUCAAGAGGUCUAAAGAAUAUUGUCCAUACCAAUGUAACAUAACUAUGUAAAGCUUCCAUUAUAUUGAACGCUUUUUAUCUCGAUAUUAGACGACUAGAUUAUUUCACGCAUAUGUAUUUAUAUAUAUGCUUCUUAUGUCGUGAUGUUCUAAAAGCGCUUUUUGGCAAAGCCUGUAAACUACAUGUGACCUAGAACCCGAGAUCAUCUACAAUUGUACAUUCUUAUGUUUGACCUUCACUGUUGCAUGAUUCUGAUUAUGGAUAUACAUUUACUCAUCGUCGCCAUAAAUAUGUGGAAUGUGCAUUUCUAGUAAAUGUAAAUGAAUCCACUAGCUAAAACCAAGGUGAACAAGGUUCGUAGCCGCUUUUCUAUAAGCUACAUAUUUUCGUUAUAUUUCUUUGUUAGAAAGAACAUUGUAUUUUUAUUUUCUAGUCAUAUUUUUAUCUCACCUAUCUAUCCGCGCUUCAUCAAAUCUUUCCUUUCUUUUCAAGUAGCCAUACACUGCUUCCCGCACCUACCGUUAGUUAAAGCUGCAAAAAUAGUAACGGAAAUCUUCGGGAUUUACCCCAAUAAAUGUAGCAAUAGGACAAAAUUUUGUGUUCCGUCAAAAUGAAUUUGCUGGAAUGGAUCACCCAAAUUCCUAACCCAAAGGAUAGAAGUUUCAAUAGACUAUGCAAAGUUCACUAUUAUUACUAAAUUUAUAUAUUUCUGUUUCACUCAGUAUGCUUACUUGCACUCCAUUACUGUCAAUCACUGAAAUAAUUGUGCGUGCAUACGAUCCAGUUUUUGGUUAUUUUUAAAAAUUGCCCAUAUUUUCUCUGAGAUUAUGACUAGCAAAGCCUUUUUCGUAGUUAUGUCGUAGAACUUGCAUUGAUUGCACGAUUUGAUCCGAUUUCAGCAGCUACGAGCCUUGUUUACGUUGAUUUUAGGUUAUGAAUUUAUGUUGACACUCCGAUCACAUGCAAAGACUACAAAUAAAUGUACAUUCACAACCAAAAUCAUAUUAUAGUGGAUGUAGGCUAAACAUAAGCAUGUAUAAUCGGACCUAAGGCGAGUUAGGUUACAAGCUCUAAGCAAAAACAAAUGAAUGUAAACUACGUUCAACCGAAACUUGUACAGUUGUACACUCUCAUGUUUGGCCUCCACUACUGCAUGAUUCUGAAUGUGGACAUACAUUUAAUUAUCUUCGCCACGUGUGUGGUAUGUGUAAUUUUUUUGUAAAUUGAAUGAAUUAGCUAAAACAAAGGUAAGCAAUAUUCGUGGCUGCUGAUAUGGGAUCGAGUUGUUUUUAUUAUACAGAGUGAGACCUAAAGCGGAAUCGAAAUAGGCCAAAAGGGGUAUGCUAGAUAAAUCUCAUAAUCGCGGCGCGAAUAUAAGUAAUAUAUGCGGAAGGCAGCGAGUAACUAGACACGCAUGUUUAUUUAACGAAACGAACUAUGUAAAUGACCCGGAACAAAAGGCAACAAUUACAGUAAUAAUAUCUUAUCAAUUAAGAAAGAUCAUCGAAGCUCCUCCAGGAAGAUUCAAAUUAAAUGGGACACGAAAUUUUGUUUACAUCUACCGCUAUUACUACUUUCAGUGAAAUCUGUAAGUUACAAACAAUUCUAUCGCUAUUCCAGUAGCAUUAAAGGACUGCAAAGAAACAGCGAUAGAGGCAUAAGUACUUGAAGAGUCCAGAAAAGAUUCGGUAAAGUAUAGAACAAAAAGAAGGAUAGCAUCGAAACAAAGUAGUUAGAAAAUAAAAAUGUUCUAAAAAUAGAAAUCCAAUAGCCGUGUGUAGCGUGUAGAAAUAUUGAGCGUCAUACAUGAUAGUAGUAUUAACUCAGAUCAGUGUCAAACAUAGAAUUAAGGAAUCGUAUCUUACAUAUUACUAUUUGUACAUAGAACUUAGUAACUUCACGAUAUGACUACACUAAAAAUAUUCACUCUUGCAACCUCUAUUGACCACCAAUAAUACGUAGAUAUGGCCUCGAUGGUCGUUCCAAGCGGUUGCGCUUCUAAACUCAAUGCUACCUAUGACUGAAAGAGAAAGAAACUUCCAUUAGGGCUGCUAGGUUGACUUUACCAAGAAAUGCAAACUCUGUGGCGCUUGUAGUUUUGCUAUUAUAACUAUGAUGCACCUUCAUUUUGCUAAAUGAAUGCACAUCAUAUUUCAUAAUAAUAACAUAAAUAUAUCAGCGUGGAGGAUUACUAUUACUAUUAGUUUUAUUUAAAUUAUCGUUUUUUUUUUACAAUAACUAGAGUAGGAUGGUAGUCAGGUAUAAACGCGAAAGCCAAAUUCCAAUGUUCUAAUUACCCGUAGCUAUUACGAAGAUGUCUGUCAUAUCAUCGAAAUGUUGCUUAUAAAAAUAUCUGCCAGCAAAACCAAAUAGACAGUAAAUGCACAUUCUUGGGGUACAAACCUUUGAUGUUCUUAAUGGUACUAUGUGAUCUAAAUCUACGUUUACUGUAGCGUCUGCAUUGAAAUAUUUUGUAGUUCGAUGUAGGCAGCCUAGCCAAUUUUUCAUGCCGUAUUGUGGCUUAGCUGAGUAUUUUUCAUCUUUUAAGUUCAUCAUACAACAUAACGCGACUUUGCGUAAAAUUUGAUUUCAACUUUUCCAAUAAGAUCAACAUAAUUUUAUUGAUAUCGGUGACAUUUUUACAAGAUGAAGAAAUUUGGGUAUAAGGGUAAUUUAAUGUCAUGAUAAAAAUUUCUACGAAUAUUUCACGGGGAAGCAGCAGUGUUUUCCAAUCAAGGAUGAUCAUCAGUCUGUGAUGAUUAUUGCGAUGUCGCAAUUGUACAGCGGUCGAAACUAACAAACCAUUUAGAAAAAUAACAGAUAUAUUUAGGCUGAAAUACAUCACACUUAAGAACAAAUAUGACCAUUUCAUUCUCUACCCACAAUUGAAAAACCCUCUGAACCGCAUUAGGUCUAUGAAGAAGUCCUUUUGAUCGAUGUCCGAAAAAUUUAUUCUUUGCUAGUCGACAAGU